ACCACAGUGCAUUUGUUGCGCGCACGGACUUUUGGCAGCCAUUCAAUGACCCACCAGACGCUCAUCUCUUCCGCCCCUGCCUUUUCCCCAGCUUCCCACUCCCUCCACGCCUCCACGCCUCUCCUUUUCACCCGCUCCUCCCCGUCUUCCUCCUCCUGCUCCCCUUCUGCUGCUGCAGCCGCUCCCGCCAUGGCGUCGUUCGUCGCGCACCACCACGGCUCCCUGGUGGAGAGGGAGGGGAGGAUGGCCGCGCUGAGGAGUAGCCUCAGGCCGUGCGAGGCGGCGGAGGAGGUGGACGUCGCGCCGGCGGCGUGUGGGGCGGCCGACAGGGGCGCGGGCCUUUUUGGGGACGGGUUCUCCGUCGAGGACCUGCUGGACCUCGAGGACCUCUGCGAGGUGGACAAGGACUGCGCCGAGCUGGGCGAGGCGACGCCGGCGCCGGCGGCCGUGGAGGAGGACAAGCUGUCCAGUGACUCGCACGGGUCGUCGGUGGUGUCGUACGAGCUCAUGGCGCUGCCGCCGCCAGUGAUAGACCUCUCGCUGCCGGCGCAUGACGCAGAGGAGCUGGAGUGGGUGUCCCGUAUCAUGGACGACUCGCUCGCCGAGCUCCCGCCGCCGCCGAGGCUACCUGCGGCGCCCCUAGCAGCAGCAGCGCGCCGGCCGCCGCUGGAACGCGCGGUGCCAGCGCCGGCGGCGCCGGCCCCUAUGCGGAGCCCGACGAUAUGCGCGCUGUCGACGGAGGCGCUGGUGCCCGUGAAGGCGCGGCGCAGCAAGCGCUCCCGCGCCUCCGUGUGGUCGCUGUCCGGCGGCGCGCCCCCCUCGGACUCGACGUCGUCGUCGUCCACGACCACGACGUCGUCCUGCUCCUCGUCCGCGUCGUUCUCGUCGUUCCUCUUCCUGCCGGCGGAGUCGCCGCCCCCGUUCUGGGCCGCGCACCUCCUCGGCGAGGCGCCGCCGCGCGGCUCCAAGAAGUCCAAGCACGGGAAGCACGGCAAGAACAACGGCAAGCCCAAGAAGCGCGGCCGCAAGCCGAAGCACCACCCGGCGGCGUCCCAUUUCGCGGGCGGAGCCGCGGCCUCACCGCCGGUCCCCGGCGACCGCCGCUGCAGCCACUGCGGCGUGCAGAAGACGCCACAGUGGCGCGCGGGCCCCGAGGGCGCCAAGACGCUGUGCAACGCGUGCGGGGUCCGCUACAAGUCCGGGCGGCUCCUCCCUGAGUACCGGCCUGCGUGCAGCCCCACGUUCGUGAGCAGCAUCCACUCCAACUCCCACCGCAAGGUGCUUGAGAUGCGGCGCAAGAAAGAGGGCGUCGUCCUCAUCCCCGGCCCGGCCCCGCUCCCGGCCGCCGCGCCGGCCGUCGCGUCGUUCUAAGCCGGCGCUGUACAUUUUUCACCCCCUCCCCGGUCGAAGUAUUAGCAUGUUGUACCGUACCUGGAUUUUUUCCUGUUCUUUCGCUUUCACUAUUUAGUUUGGCUGUACUACUAGCUAGAACUCAGAAUUGUAGAAGCUUUAUUAGGUCGAAUUAGGUGUAGGGAUUAAGAUUUCCAUGGUUUUAGUAUUAGCUAGGUUUGUUAGGGUAUGAAUGGCCAUAGUACUUGUGCCAGUAGUAGUUGUUGAGAACUCGGUGAGGGUCUUCACAAGAAAAGCUGUGCUUGGCCUGGCCUAUGAGGAUUGAGGUUUGGGGCGCUGCUGAGUGCUGAGAAAGGGAGGCAGAAGUGACAAGAAAGUUAGGCGUGCCUUGGCGCGGAACAAGGAACUGACUGCCUUGUUGUAAUCGAGGGGGGUCAGACGAAUACUAGAGUGCUUGGCGUGCCGUGCCACGUCUCGCCUGCAUCAUCACUUCACGUUGCUGGUGCCAUGUCUUUCUGUCGAUAGCCCAUUCGAUGCUUGUAUUGCACUGGGAUGCAUUGGUACUGACUGAAAGAAAAGCUUACCAUACGUUUGCUGAUA